AUGCUGCAUCCGGCCUGCGAAGAAAAAAUCGACUUUGAAAUAAUAAAGUAUACAACAUCAGAAAAAUUAGAGGAACCACAUACAAGUAGCGUACAAAUAUUCACCGAUGAAAGUAAAAUUGAGGGAAAGGUUGGAGCUGCAAUCUCUAUUUGGAGGAAUAAACAAGAAAUAGAUUAUAAUAAAUUCAAAUUAGAUUCAUUCUGCACUGUCUUUAAGGCUGAACUUUACGCAAUGCAUCAAGCAAUUCAAAAAGCAAAGAAUUACCAAAGUACUUACAUAUACAGUGAUUCAAGAUCUGCACUGGAAUUUGUCAAAAAUCAAUCAGCAUAUCAACCGUUGGCUUUCGAAAUUAGGCAAGAUAUCGCUAAAUUAAGAAGUCAAACUCGCAAAGGAAGCAGCUUUAAAAUUAAAAACAAAAUUAAAUUACGCAAAAUAUCCAAUUUCGUUCAUAAAGAACCAAAUUAG